GGCGUACGGACCACUCACAAGCCAACGACGGAAUCCAUUUCCUGUUUUUAGCCCUUGACAGACUCGUGGGUAACAUUGGAUAUGGUAUUGUUAUGUUGAAGAAGUUAAAAAGAUGAAUAUUUUCCUUCGCUGUAAGAAACUGGUAUCCCCGGUUUUUAAAAGUAGCGUUUCACUGGAGCAGGCCAGUGUUUUUAGAGGCGUCUGUUCGGUUCCUAAAGGCCGGUCUCAGAGUCUGUGUUUGCCAGAACGUUUUACAGCAAAAUUAUGCUUAUGUCAACAUUGGCAUCAUGUUCACCAUAGUCACUUUUACGCUAAAAGAUCUUAUUCAGAGGCGUAUGGUGAACACAGUAAUUCAGAAAGGACCACUGGCGUGUUUCAAGAAGAAUCACAUGAGAAGGACAUUGACAGCAGUCAAAGACCCUCCGUGACAUUCUCCCUCGAUGUGCUCGUGUCUCUGCUGCGUCAGGAAAACGCAGAGGACAUAUGUGUGAUAAAAGUACCAGAACAGCUCAAAUAUGCAGAGUACUUCAUUGUUGUCAGCGGUGUAUCAGCAAGACACCUCCGUGCAAUGGCACUUUAUGCCAUCAAAGUGUACAAGUUUCUGAAGAAGAAGAACGAGCCAAAUGCCAAAAUUGAAGGAAAAGAUGCAGAGGACUGGAUGUGUAUUGACUUUGGGAAUAUGGUGGUUCACUUCAUGUUGCCAGAGACCAGAGAAGUGUAUGAACUGGAGAAACUCUGGACUCUUCGCUCCUAUGAUGAGCAACUAAGGAGCAUCCCUGCUGAGACGUUACCAGAGGACUUCAUAUAUGAUACAGAAAUCACAAAGUGACAACACAAGACUAAUCAUUUAAGUUGUACACAGACUUUAAUACUUUAAUGCAGAACUUUGGCUGCAUCCUUUCCUUUCCCUGUGAGUAGAAAUGAACGGUGUUUUUUGUCGGACAGAAAAGCAAAAUGUUUUGUGUUUUGACUUGAGGAACUUAAAUGGAUUUAGGUCUCACAAAGUAGCUAUACUGCCCCCAUCAUACAGCUUUCUUUUUCAUGCUGAUUGACCAUUGGGGGCAUCAGGUGGUAUUUGUAAAACAACAGUGCUUACAUAUAAAUGUUUUUUGCGUCUGCUGAAGUUAAGUUGUUUAAACAUGUUCUGCUGGUUAAAAAUAAAUUAUUUUAAUACAAUUCUA